GCACACAAAUGGUUUUGCUGUUAUUACUAUAAACCGGAUAAAAAAUUAAGCAUUGAAAUUUCUACGUAUCUCUUUCAAAUUCCAUUGGUCUCCUAUGUUCAUUCAUUGACGAGAAUGGAUUGUAAAUAAAUUCGAAUGAAUUAUCACGAUUAGUGGACGAAUCAAUUGACGAAAAAUCCUGAUAACCCCAAAUCUCACCAGUGGAUUGUCAUGACAUUUUGUCGAAUCAAAAGCUCCUGAAGAAUGAACAUGGAACAGAGAUCGUACAAGUAAAUUAUUACGAUCGUCACAUUAUAUUAUCUAUGAAAAUUAAUGUAACCCAUGACCCCUAAGAGCGAUGGACCUCCUCUCCCAGGUGCCUCUUCUGUCUUGUGAUGAAGAGACCAAGGGAUUCGACCGCGACGCUGGCAAUCGCUGGAUCUACCCAGAAAAUCUUCCAGUUAGAAAAUAUCAAUUCACUAUUGUAAAGACUGCAUUGUUCAAUAAUACUUUAGUAUGUCUUCCAACGGGUCUUGGAAAGACGUUCAUAGCAGCUGUAGUGAUGUACAACUACUUCCGAUGGUAUCCCAAAGGCAUAAUUGUCUUUCUCGCCCCCACGAAGCCCCUAGUUGCCCAGCAGAUCGACGCUUGUCAUGACAUCAUGGGGAUCCCGAUUAGUGACACAGUCGAGCUCACCGGCGCAACCAAUCAAACGAAACGUGCUACAGCCUGGCGCGAGCGUCGCGUUAUCUUCGCAACACCUCAGACCUUCCAGAAGGACCUCGAACGCUCCAUUGUCCCCACAGACCUCAUAAAAUGCAUUGUCGUCGACGAGGCCCACAAAGCCCUCGGAAAGCAUGCCUACUGUGAGUCAAUCCGCAUGAUGCACCAGGCUAAUCCCUACUUCAGAAUCCUCGCCCUUUCUGCCACCCCUGGAAGCAAACUGGAGGCGGUCCAAGAUGUUAUCAGGAAUCUCCACAUCACCCACCUGGAAUUGCGAGAUGAUACAUCUCCAGACAUCACUCCCUACAUCAACGAACGCAAAGUAGAUAUAAUCCUCGUUGACUUGGGUCAAAACCUCUCCGAAUUCAAGGAACGGUACAUCGAAAUAAUGGAUCGACACGUGAAAAUUCUCCUCCAGUACAACGUUCUCAAAACCUCCGCUGCCCACAUCUCCAAGGGACGAAUCUUCUACAUCCUGAAUGAAUACAAAUCUCAUCCAAAUAAAUCUAACCACCAUGGAAUCAUCAUGAAGACCCUAAACAUUCUCCUCACGAUGUACCAUGCUUAUGAGUUAAUUAUUCGUCAUGGACUACGAGCAUUCGUCCAUUUCUAUCAAAACCAUUCUGAUAAAUUCUGGCUGGAUAAUGAACCAGAACUCCAAGAAUUAUUGGAGAACAUCAGACAGUAUCUUGGUCCAUUUCCAGAUGCAGGACCGUUCAUGGACGGAAGUGUCACCGAAGUCCCCGAAAAUCUUGUCUUUGGUCAUGGAAAGUUCGAGACUCUUCGAAGUAUAUUGAUCCAGCACUUCAGACGAGCUGAAAAUAAGGAAAACAACACGAGGGCAAUAGUUUUCACUGAAUAUAGAGACAUUGUCAACGAAGUUUAUGUUUUACUUCUUCAGUCUCGUCCUCUGAUUCGUCCCCAGGUGUUCGUAGGUCAAGCUGGACUCAAGCAGAGGCAACAAAAGAAGGCUCUCGAGGAUUUCAGAAGCAACCAAGUCAACGUUUUAAUAUCAACAUCAGUUGGAGAAGAGGGAUUAGAUGUUGGAGAAGUAGAUCUCAUCGUCUGCUUCGACAUUUCCCAGCACUCACCAACGAGACUGGUCCAGCGAAUGGGCAGGACAGGACGGAAACGUAACGGACACAUAAUUGUCCUUGUUACAGAUGGGAAAGAGCACGAAACCCUGCAGGCGGCUCUAUCUAAACGAGACUCAAUGAACAAUAAAGUUCUGCAUUCCAAUGGAGUUAUAUUAGCUCUGCACAAUUCCAGUCCUCGAAUGAUCCCUGAGGAUAUUCAACCUCAAGUUCACAAAAUUCACAUGACAGUCCUACCCAAGGGACCACCAGAGAAGAAAGGAAGGAAGAAGAAAAAUCAUUUGGAAACUGAGAAGAAAACGAAAAGAGGAGGUAAAUCUAAAAAUCAGAAAAAUCCUGAAGGGGCUGGAAAAAGUAGUGGACGGUGUGAAUCGCUCAUGAGGUUCUUAACAACAGUACCUAAUGAUAAUGAUGAGAUCGAUAAUGAUAUCGUAGCUCCAAAAAUCCAGGAGACGAGGAUUUCCCAGAUUGAAAAUAGCCAACCCCUCAGGGCUAAUUCCAUGAGCCUUGAGGACAUUAAGCACGCCGACGUCCAGCUCUUGACUAAUGAUAAUGAGACUAUUGAGUUCCUGACGCUGUGUGCCACCAGACAGUCUAAAAAGUAUAAUAAUGAGAAUAAUAAUAAUGAGGAUGAAGAGAACAGAAAUUUGGUGAUUCGUUAUGCUCCUAAAGUAGAUAAUUGUGAAGAUAAUUUUUUUAGUAAUUUGAGAAUUCCUGAUGAAGCAAUUUUGGACUGCUUAAAGACUGUUAAAAUGUUUGUUGCACCUGUGGAGGAUGAACUAACGCAAAUGACUCCUGAGGGGAUUAUUUCGGGGGGAGUAGAUAAUUACCACAGUCCGCAGGAUUUCAUGGACUGCGGCAAUAAUUUCGAGGAUCUAUUGAACACUAGUGAGUCAGAUAAUGAUGGUGAAUGUGAUAAGAGAGAAUCACCACCUUUGGAAAGUGUUGAUUGGAGUCAUAAUAAAAGUAAAAACAGUAGUCAAGCUGCUCAGAGGAAUUUGGAAGUUAAUGUUAUGAUUAAAAGUGAUUUUGAGAUAGUUCUGGAUGAUUCUUCCGACGAGGAAAUUCAGAGAAGCCCAGAGAUUUGCACUAAAAGGUCAAAAUCACCUUUUCAAAGUAUGAAAACUCAUGAGAAAAUUCCAUCUCCCGAAUGCUAUGCGGAGAAUGCAUUUGAAAAUAUUUUGGAUGAAGCCUCGGAUGAGGAUCCCGAUGCAACACAGUUCGAUUUCAACUCCAUGACGACUGAUGUUAAAAACGCUGAGGUAGGAAUUGAAGAAAAUGGGCAUAGUAAGGAUUCAGAUGAUGGAAAAAUGGAUAAAACCCUUGAGAAUACAGAAACGAUGGAGAUGGAAGUGGAUGGGCCAAUCAUGGAGACAAUGCCCUGCAGUCCGUCGUUGGUGGAAACUGCGGAUAUUCGUAUUCCAUUUUCCUAUAAUUCUACGGAUAGGAACUCAGAGGUAAAUAAUGAAAAUUCACUGGAUGAUGAGAUAGAAGUUCUCGACAUUGAAGAAACUCAAAUUGAACAUCCGAUAGACUUGACACACGAUAAUAAAAUUGCACGUAAAUCUGAGGAAAGAAAUCAAUCAUUAUCGAUAGAAAAUAAAAUUGAAAAAAAGGAACUCCCCCAGAAGGAAAUGAAUUCAUUUUCAACACCUAGUAAAAAUUCCAAUAAUUCAUGCGACAAAGUCAGUAAAUCUUGUACAGGAAAUGAAAUACAAAUUAAUUCUCAUCCUGCGAUGAAUGCAAUUCUUUCGGAACGAGAGGAUAAAUCUCGAUAUUGUGUCAAUGAACUAAAUUUGACGGACUUAGAAGAUGACUUUGAACCCUGGGAGGAUAUGGAAAAGAUAGCAACAAUGCCACAAGCUUCUGUACUAUCGGAAAGCUUCACCCCUCAAGCCAGCACAAGUCACACCAAUCUGGCCAAUCCAAAAUCGUCGUCUAUCGCGCACCCCCUCAAGUUAUCCAAUCAAAAGGUGGAAAAACAUGUAAGCCAGCGUCAAGGGCCAUCCAAUCACAACACGUCUCUGAAGAAUCCCAUUACUUCUGGUGGUAAUCGAGGAAAAGAUGUGCACAAUGUCUCAACGAAGAAAAGGUUUCCACACAGGACCAUUUAUAAUAAAUUAUUAAACCGUUUCGAGACUCCUACAAAAUCCAGUGGAGUCAAUAAAUCAACAAAUAUUUUCACUCCAACUACUUCGUCUGCUCCUUCAGCCGUGUCGAAUGGUAAGAAACCCAAUAAAAUGUUUGAAGAUGACUUGGAUGACUUUGAUUGGGGUAGUGACUUUGAAACUCCACCAGAGGUCAUAAAUUCCGAGUCAAGAUUUUUCGAGGGAAGCACACAGCCGCCGACCAAAAUCAGUGAAUCUACGGGCUCUUCGGGGGAAUUCUCAUCGUCUAAAUAUUUUAAUAAAGCUCGCGAUAAACCCCAAGAUAAGCCUUCGAGUAAACCCUUCCAAAAUUCUUCCUUAAACAAUGAUAAAUUAGCCGCAAUUCGUGCUACUUUAUUCUCAAAGCCUAGUAAAGAGUUUGUAACUCAACAAAAUUCAGACUCUGACGACGAUUUUUCAUCUACCAAAAUCAAAAAGAGUGUCUUCAAUGGAUAUCGCAAUAAUAAAUCAGUAAAAACUAGUGAUCUGGCCUCCAAAACUGACAACAAAAUCCCUCAGAAAAUUACAAGUACAAGUGACAGCAGAGCAAUUCCUACCUCGAGUGUGAGUAAUUUCGCUCUUCCAAAGGCAGUACCACCAAGAAUUAAUAAAAGAGUUUCAAAUCAAUCAAGUAAUUCAUCGAAGAAAAGAAGAAAACCAAUGGGAAGCAGAAGAGAUCGAGUCAAAAGUGAUUUUAUUGAUGAUGAAGCUGAAGAAUCUGACGACUACUGCAACGAAGUAACUGAUUUCUCUGAUGAAGAUGAUGACGAGGACCUUAGGGAUUUUGUUAGCCACACUCAGGUACACGAUGAUUCAGUGGAUAUGAAGGCUUACUACCUUCAAAGCACAAGGAGUCCGAAGAAAAGGAAUGGAUAUCAUCUGAAAAAACCCAAAACUCCACCCCCAAAUCUUCAGAUUUUCUCGCAGGCUGUUGAACCUGACACUUAUAUGUACGACUCUUUCUGUGUGAGCGCUAGUCAAGAGGAGGACGAGGUCUUCGCUGAUGAUUCAGAUGAGGAGAUAACCAUUCUCGAGGAGAUUGAUCAUAAAUCCAGCAAGAAGAGAAAGAGAGGAGAUUCGGUCGACUCUAAGGGAAAAAGAAGGAGGAUCCACACGGCGGAGGACAACAGUAGUGACGAUGAGACUGAGAAUUUGAGGGCCGCCAUCUUGGAAGAGUCUAUGAUGUUGAAAAAGCGACGGUGAUUUUUUUGCUGCCAUUAAUUUUUAAUGAAUCAUUACCGUAAAUUUAUUGUUACAGUGGUAAGAGAAGACACGAGUUUUUUUAGAAGUACAUCUCUACUUGUAUCAAGGAAUUCA